AGGUCCUUGGAGGUGUUGGGUACUGCUGAAGCCAUGUGGAUUAUUGUGGGGCUUGCCCUCUGUGGCCUGGCUGCAGCAGUGCCCUCUGAGGACAGGAAGCUGAGCGACAAGGCAACGACGCUGGCUGAGCGCAGCACCACGCUGGCCUUCAACCUCUACCAUGCCAUGGCCAAAGACAAGGACAUGGAAAACAUCCUUCUGUCCCCCGUGGUCGUGGCCUCUUCCCUAGGCCUCGUGUCCCUUGGGGGCAAGGCCACAACUGCCUCCCAAGCCAAAGCAGUGCUCAGCGCAGACAAACUGAACGAUGACUAUGUGCACAGUGGGUUGUCUGAGCUCCUCAAUGAGGUCAGCAACAGCACAGCUCGCAAUGUCACCUGGAAGAUUGGCAGCCGCCUGUAUGGCCCUGCCUCCAUCAACUUCGCCGAUGACUUUGUGAAGAACAGCAAGAAACACUACAACUAUGAGCACUCCAAGAUCAACUUCCGAGACAAGCGGAGUGCCCUGAAAUCCAUUAAUGAGUGGGCGGCCCAGACCACGGAUGGGAAGCUCCCAGAGGUCACAAAAGAUGUUGAGAAAACUGAUGGGGCCCUCAUUGUCAAUGCCAUGUUCUUCAAACCUCACUGGGAUGAGAAGUUCCAUCAUAAGAUGGUGGACAACCGUGGUUUCAUGGUGACCCGUUCCUACACUGUGGGAGUUCCCAUGAUGCAUCGCACAGGUCUCUACAAUUACUAUGAUGAUGAGGCAGAGAAGCUCCAGGUGGUAGAGAUGCCACUUGCUCACAAGCUCUCUAGCAUGAUCUUUAUCAUGCCAAACCAUGUGGAGCCUCUGGAGAGGGUUGAGAAACUGCUGAACAAGGAGCAGCUGAAGACCUGGGCUGGCAAGAUGAAGAAGAGAUCAGUGGCCAUCUCGCUGCCAAAAGUCAUCCUGGAAGUCAGCCACGACCUUCAGAAACACUUGGGUGGUCUGGGCCUGACAGAAGCCAUUGACAAAACCAAGGCUGACUUGUCCAAGAUCUCAGGCAAGAAAGACCUUUACCUGUCCAAUGUCUUCCACGCUGCUGCUCUGGAAUGGGAUACAGAAGGGAACCCCUACGAUGCUGACAUUUACGGCCGAGAGGAGAUGAGGAACCCCAAGCUCUUCUAUGCUGACCACCCCUUCAUCUUCAUGAUCAAGGACAGUAAAACCAACUCCAUCCUCUUCAUUGGCAGGCUCGUGAGGCCCAAAGGCGACAAGAUGCGUGAUGAGUUGUAGUUAGUUGUUUGGGUUGGGUUUAUUUUUGUCCCCAGAGCUUUGGGUUGUGUGUUGUGUUUUUAGUGGGAGAUUUCCAAAAAGGGGAAACACUAUUUUGUAUCCUUCUGGAACCAUGGGUGCUAAUUCAGACCAGGGUGCAUUGUGAUGAGAAACCAGCAUACACUUUACCUCACCCC